CCCUCUUCUUUCUUUCACCUCUUCAUCAGCUUUCUGGUCUCUUCGCCUCCAUAGCCAACCUGAUCAUCUGGGCUUCUCUUCCUCUCUUCUAACAAACGCCUCAAAAUUUCUGUGUGCCUUUUCUAGUUUCAAUAUUCAUGUAUACCCAACAUUGAACAUUCCCUCUUCCAUUUUAUAUCUCUGUGAGUCUGUUUACAGUUUCUCAAAAAUCCAUUUGAAAAACCAGUGUCUGAUUCACACCACCUUUGUUUUGUUUGUCCAAAGACAAAAGAGAUCAAGGACACUAACCCAGAUCAGAUAUUAGAGAUUUGUUGUGAGACUACCAUAUUCAAACUAUGAAUCCCCAAGGCCAAGUAAAGGCUGCACCUUUACCUGUCCCAAUGGAGAGACUUAGUGAGCAAGGCCCUCCUCCAUUUCUCUACAAAACCUAUGAGAUUGUGGAUGACUCAACCACCAAUCACAUAGUGUCUUGGAGCAAAGCAAACAACAGCUUUGUUGUAUGGGAUCCCCAGGCCUUUGCCAUCAGUCUUCUCCCCAAGUACUUCAAGCACAGCAAUUUCUCCAGCUUUGUCAGGCAGCUCAACACCUAUGGAUUUAAAAAGGUUGAUACAGAUAAAUGGGAGUUUGCUCAUGAAGUGUUCCUCAGAGGGCAAAAGCAUCUUUUGAAGAAUAUUAGGAGGAGGAGGGCAUCUCAUAAUAAUGUUCAUUAUGCUUCACAGCGAGCUUUGGAGUCUUGCAUUGAGGUUGGGAGUUUCGGAUCGUUAGAUGGAGAGCUUGAUCAGUUGAGGCGUGAUAAGGAGGUAUUGAUGGGGGAAUUGGUGAAGCUUAGACAACAACAGCAGACUACUACAGUUCACCUCCAUGGAAUGGAAAAUAGGCUCAAGAGAACUGAGAUGAAACAACACCAAAUGAUGAGUUUCUUGGCAAGAGCAAUGCAUAAUCCCAACUUUCUACAACAACUGGCACAGAAUAAGGACAGAAAAAAACAAAUUGAGGAAGCAAUUAGGAAGAAGAGGAGGCACUCUAUUGAAGGGUCUUAUAGUGUUGAGGUGGGUGAAUUAUGCCAAGGAGGAGAAGAUGCUUUUGUUAAAGUUGAAUCCCAACAUUAUGGUGACAUAAAUGAACUUGAUGUUUCAGGGUUGGACACAUUUGCUAUGGACAUGCAAGGAACAGAUGAAAACCAAAACGUCUGUGAUAAGCAAGAGUAUAUAGAGAAAGAAGAAGAAUAUGAAGGGCGAGGCAAAGAUCUGUCUGAGGUAUUUUGGGAAGAAUUUUUAAUUGACAGCGUUGAUGAAGAAGUUGAAGUACUGGGUGCUAAAGGAGAGGACGAGGAAGAUGUUACUGUGUUGAUUGAGCAGCUUGGUUGCUUGGUAUCCAAGCCCAAGUAAAAAUGAUCGAGAUCUUUUGGACAAAGAGCUGUUAAGUGAGCUUCCUUUGACAAAUCUUGAUCUUCCCAGGUCAUCUUCUUAUUUGGUAUUCACAACUUAAUUCAAGCACAUUGGCACUCGUUCAACUCAAGCUGCCUGGUUUUUUUUGUGAUUUUCAUCUGUGUUAGUCUGCUACUCAUAGAAUCAUUUGAGAAUCGUGGUCAGUUUGUAGCACCACCUCUCUUCUCAUUUGUCUACAAAGGCUACAAUUUGUAACUUUAUUUCAGUCUGUUGUUGAAUUAAACCAUUGUUUGUUCUGUUUCAUCGUUUUAUGACCUCGAAUGACAACAAGUUUU